AUGGCGUCCGAGGUGUGGCUAUCGCCGGCGUCUCGCCUCCCAUCCCUCUCCAACGCACCACCUCGCUUCCGCUCCAAGCCAGCUGCCACCACAACCGCCUCUUUGUUCUCUUCCUGCCCCCGCCCUGCUCGCGGCGCCCUGCCUGUGCUGCGCGUCCGCCGCCGCCGCCGUCUUCGCGCCACCGAGCAGCAAGGCCAGGUUCAGGAACAAGAGGACGAGGUGGUGGACAGCAACAUCCUCCCCUACUGCAACAUCGACAGGAAGCAGAAGAAGACGCUCGGAGAGAUGGAGCAGGAGUUCCUGCAAGCCUGUCAGGCCUUUUACUUUGACCAGAAGGCCAUCAUGUCCAACGAGGAGUUUGACAACCUCAAGGAGGAGCUCAUGUGGGAGGGGAGCAGCGUCGUCAUGCUAAGUGAAGAUGAGCAAAAGCUUUUGGAAGCUUCCAUGGCCUAUGCCGCUGGCAGCCCCAUCAUGUCUGAUGCUGAAUUCGACGAACUGAAAAUCAAAUUAAAGACAGACGGCAGUGUUAUUGUGAUGGAGGGUCCCAGGUGCAGUCUAAGGAGUCAUAAGGUGUACAGUGACUUGAAUGUUGACUACCUAAAGAUGUUCCUGCUAAAUGUUCCAGCCACCACUGUAGCUCUGGGACUGUUCUUUUUCAUUGAUGAGUUGACUGGUUUUGAGAUCAAUGUGUUCCAGCUGCCAGAGCCUUUCGGAUUCAUUUUCACAUGGUUUGCUGCUUUGCCCCUAAUAUUGUUCUUAGCACAGUUAUUGACUAAGGCUAUAGUCCAGGACUUUCUAAUCCUCAAGGGGCCAUGUCCAAAUUGUGGUACUGAGAACCUUUCCUUCUUUGGGACUAUACUGUCAGUCUCUAGUGGUGGUACAACAAACAAAGUGAAAUGUGCAAAUUGCAGCACUGAGCUGGAAUAUGACUCAAAAUCUCGGGUGAUCACACUUCCAGAAGCAUCAAGUGCAUAA